AUACUACUAGUAAUAUUGACUAAACUAAUAGGGGCAACAUGGGAAAACAAGAAAAUCCAAUAUCUUACCUUUACAUAGAUCCCAUAAUGUGAUCCAUUUUUAGCUUACUACUUCUAUAAAUAACCAACCUUUCUCUUCAUAACUCAAUUAUCUUACUCACUCUACUUAUAAAACACUAACAAAAACUAAACUGAAAAAACCACACAUUACUUUUAAAAUGGUUGAUAUAGACCGUAGAAUGAUCGGUCUAAACCCAGCUCACUUAGCCGGUCUGAAGCGACUCUCUGUUAGAGCCGCUUCAAUCUCCACCGCUACCACCCCCACCAUACGUAAUGGCCUUCUUUCAUUCUCACCCCUCGCCGAUAAAAUCAUAACAAACCUCCGCAAUUCAGGGAUUCAACUUCAACAAGGUCUCUCCGACGCCGAAUUCGCUCGUAUAGAAGCCGAAUUCGGCUUCGUCUUCCCACCAGACCUCCGAGCCAUACUGGCCGCCGGUUUACCCAUCGGAGCCGGAUUCCCAGACUGGCGUGCCACCGGAACUCGCCUUCAUCUUAGAGCUUCACUGGAUCUUCCCAUGGCGGCAAUUUCAUUUCAAAUCGCGAGAAACACUCUGUGGGCCCGGUGUUGGGGCCCAAAACCCACCGACCCGGAAAAAGCUUUACGGGUUGCAAGAACCGCUCUAAAAAAAGCACCACUCUUGAUUCCAAUUUUCAACCAUUGCUAUAUACCUUGUAAUCCUUCUCUCGCCGGUAACCCUGUUUUUUACGUCGACGAGAAUCGAAUCUUCUGUUGUGGAUUCGAUUUAUCAGAUUUUUUUCAACGCGAAUCACCGAUUCGGAGCUCCGAAAAUUUCCCGGGUCCUGUAGUUCUCAAGAAACAAAGAUCCGUCACCGAGAAAACUGUCACCGCUGUUUGUUCAGAAGUUAAUUUCACGAGGAGGAGUCUCGACGCCGGAGGGAGGACGCCGAGAUGGGUGGAAUUUUGGAGUGACGCCGCCGUGGGUCGCCGGAGGAAAAGUUCAUCGUCACGUACAGAGUCACCGGAGAAGUUUUUUGAUAUUCAGAAAUUUGAAUUUGAAGCACCGAAAUGGGUCGAUGAAUACGUUGAAGAGAUCGGGUCGGUUUUAAGAGAAGGUGGGUGGAGCGAACCGGAUAUAAGCGAAAUGGUGGAAGUUUCGGGUUCGGGUUUUUUUGACGGUGAUAUGGUUAUGUUGGAUAAUCAAGCGGUGUUGGAUGCUCUUUUAUUGAAAGUGGAUAGAUUUUCGGAUUCUCUUAGGAAAUCUGGGUGGAGCUCCGAAGAGGUUUCGGAUGCUUUGGGAUUUGAUUUUCGACCCGAGAAGAAGGUUAAGAAACCGGUUAAGAAACUUUCACCUGAACUGGUUCAUAGUAUUGAGAAACUGGUGGAAUCGGUUUCUCGGUCAUAAAUAAAACUUGUACUGUAUUUGGAUAGAAAUUUUAUUUUCAUUUGUAGUACUUUGUUUUACUAAUUAGCAGUAGUAUAAGCUAAACCAUUUGUUUAUUUUUUUACUAAGAAAAACAUAUUGAGGAAAUUGAGGUUUGUAUUUGAUAUUUUCAUGGCCUCUUGGGUUAAGCAAUUAGGAAUUGGGAAAAUGCAUUGUAACAUGAAAUUAAGUGAACAAAUUAUAGAUUUUAGGUUUGUA